AAAACUAUUCCAAAAUUACUCCAUUCCCCUAUUAAGAAUCCAAUUCUUCAUUUACAUUGAACAUCGUGAAAUUUCUAUUUAUAUUGCCUAAGAGUCAGAACCAUCAAAAAAAAAAAUAAUGCCUCUAGAGUCUACACAUGUAGAUGUUUUUUGACUCCAAUCUUGAGGCAAGUUUUUUAGAUCUAAGUUUUUAAGCUAGAGAAUAUAGAAUACUACACUCUAAAAUGGUUUUGAAUGAUUGUGUCAAUCAUCAUCAUCAUUCAUCUGAAAUGUCCUUUAGAAUAACACAAGAUAGUAGAUUCUUCUCUAGGCUAAUGUCCAAGGAAACUUCAAAUGCAAACUCAUCUUCAAGGAGAGUGUUCUAUUAUGGUGAAACAUCAGUUGCUGUUCCUUUCACUUGGGAAGCACAACCUGGAACACCUAAACAUCCUUUGUCAGAAGCUUCUCUACCUCCUCUCACACCUCCACCUUCUUAUUCUAGUACUAAUAACUCCAGUGCCAAGAGAAGAAUCUCAAAACUCAACAUGUUUUUAACCAUUUUGCCUAGGCUUGUUGGUUCGAGGAAGUCUCAUGUGUCGCCUUCGUCGUCGUCCUCAUCUUGGUCGUCGUCCUCUUCGUUUUCGAUGAGAGACGGAAGCUUAUCGAGAUCUCGUCGCGGCUCAAGGUCUUUGAAAAACAAGAUUUCUAAAAGGUUUAGAGGGUGCUAUCCUUUUGGAAGUAUGAAGAAAGCAACUGUUCUAUUUGGAGGUGUCUAGUGUCAAAUGUUGCUAUGAAAGGAGUCAGUAAAGGUGUGGCGCAAUAUCUCAAAGACUUCCAUUUUGGGGUCGGGGUAUCGAGUAGUAUUGAGGUCAUUUUGCUCGGUUCAAACAUGAUGUUGAGCAAACAACAUGUAAAUGAUAUUUUGGUUAUGUUCACAGUAGAUUUCUUGAAUACUUUAAACAUGGUAAGGGCUUUGAGGUCUAUCUAUUUUAUUUGUAGGUUGAGUUUCUUUAUAGUCAGACAACGAGAAUGUAUCCCGGAAAUGUAUACAUUUUGGCA